AAACGUGAAGUUGAACGUAUUGAAAUAACAGUGGUCAGCAAUCGAAAUUACGAUCCAUCGAUGAAUGACUCACAUAUGCAAGUUUUCAAGAACCUGGUGGAUGACUACAUAAAAACCAAAGGAGUGACCUACAACAAGGACUUGGUGCAAGAGAAGGCUGUUAAUGUUGACGGCAAAUUUGCGGUUCUCUACACUUUACUGGGUUAUGAAUGUGAUAGGGUGAAUAACUUUGUUCACGAUGCAAAAAGUGAAGCAAACUUUGUCACGGACAUCAAAGUCAAAUGCGGAGGGAAACCGGAGUUUGUUGUUGUCUAA